CUAAUGAUAUAUGAUAAAGACAUAACUAAGAGAAUCUUUCAUGACUUUUCUUCUUUCUCAUCACUACAAAAAUUCUCUUAUGACUUCCUCUUUGUGAGUUAAGAAAAAGAGAUCAAAAGAAGAAACAAGAGCCAUGGCUGCUCCAAGAUCAAGAAGAUGCUCUCUUUCUUUGUUAACCUUUAUCUCAAUAUCUCUUAUUCUUAUAAUUUCAGUUUCACUAUUUGUCUUCACAACAAAGCCAACUAAUAAGCCUUUGAUUGAUUACAGAAACCAAUUCUCUAUUGUCUCUGUCUCUUUCCCUCUUUCUCUUUCUCCUCUUGGACACAACACUAGUCUUGCUGCUCCUGUCUCUUCUCCUUCAAGCAACCCAACAAACACAAGUACUCUUGCUUCUUCUUCUCCACUAGUACUACCUCUUCUUAAAGAGAGCAAUACAACAACAAACACUACUCUUUCUUCUGGUUAUGAUGAUCAACAACAAAACCAAAAUAAGUCUCCAAGUCCUACAAGUAAAAGAGUUGUUAUCAAGAAGAGAAGUGGGUUGGAUAAAAUAGAAUCAGAAUUAGCAAAAGCAAGAGCAGCAAUUAAGAAGGCAGCUUCAACACAAAACUAUGUUAGCUCCCUCUACAAAAACCCAGCCGCCUUUCAUCAGAGUCACACGGAAAUGAUGAAUAGGUUUAAGGUGUGGACAUACACGGAAGGAGAGGUCCCAUUGUUCCAUGAUGGCCCUGUGAAUGACAUUUACGGCAUAGAAGGACAAUUCAUGGACGAAAUGUGCGUGGACGGCCCUAAGACUAGAAGCCCUUUUCGGGCCAAUCGUCCCGAGGAUGCUCAUGUUUUCUUCGUGCCAUUUAGCGUUGCCAAGGUCAUACACUACGUUUACAAGCCCAUCCGCUCUGUCGACGGGUUUUCGCGGGAUCGUCUUCACCGUCUUAUAGAGGAUUAUGUUGAUGUAGUUGCUACUAAGUAUCCCUAUUGGAACAGAAGCCUUGGAGGCGACCAUUUCAUGGUAUCAUGCCAUGACUGGGCACCAGAUGUGAUUGAUGGGAAUCCAAAGUUGUUUGAAAAAUUCAUAAGAGGACUUUGCAAUGCUAACACCUCGGAAGGAUUCCGGCCUAAUGUGGAUGUAUCCAUUCCCGAGAUCUACCUUCCUAAAGGUAAAUUAGGUCCAUCUUUACUCGGAAUAUCACCGAGAAUUCGAUCUAUACUCGCAUUUUUUGCUGGAAGAAGUCACGGUGAUAUCCGAAAAAUCUUAUUUAAACAUUGGAAAGAGAGGGACAAUGAAGUCCAAGUCUAUGACCGUCUUCCCCCGGGAAAGGACUAUACAAGACUAAUGGGAAUGAGCAAGUUUUGUCUAUGUCCGAGUGGUUGGGAAGUCGCUAGCCCGAGAGAGGUUGAGGCUAUAUACGCUGGUUGUGUACCGGUGAUCAUAUCGGAUAAUUAUUCAUUACCAUUCAGUGAUGUGCUUAAUUGGGAUUCAUUCUCUAUACAAAUCCCUGUGUCCAGGAUAACAGAGAUCAAAACCAUUCUGCAAAGUGUCUCUCUUGUAAGAUACUUGAAGAUGUAUAAGAGAGUGUUAGAAGUGAAGCAGCAUUUUGUGUUGAAUCGUCCAGCUAAACCCUACGAUGUGAUGCAUAUGAUGCUUCACUCUAUCUGGUUAAGGCGACUUAAUCUUAGGAUUGGUACAUAGUAUACAUUUUUUGUUUUGAUACAAAUAAUAUUUAAGGUGUCUAAAAUUCAUAUGAGUUACUAGCUUUGUAUUCUUUCUAUAAAUUUGCAUAGUUCUUCAUUGUAAAUGUACACAAACAACAAACACAAAUCAAAGAGUUUCAUACUAAUAAGAGAAACAAGGCCUUUUGUUAUU